AGCUCCAUUAUUAGAAAGAAACACUAAUAAACAAAUCAAUCAAUUAUUGUAAAGAAAGUGCCACGAAAUCAACGCUUAAAUUCAUUGUUCACAGUAUUAACAUAUGCUUUUUUUGAAGUGAUAGAUUCAUUCACGUUGCCAUAUCCAAUCCUCUAAACACUAGGUAUAUUCAGAUGGCUAGUAGCAGCAAAUCAACUUCAGCUCUUGUGACUUCUUCAAAGAAAAAUCAUUAUGAUGUGUUUGUCACCUUUAGAGGUGAAGAUACUCGCAACAAUUUCACUGAUUUUCUUUUUGACGCCCUUGAAAGAAAAGACAUUUUUGCAUUUCGAGAUGACACUAAUCUUCAAAAAGGUGAAUCCAUAGGAUCUGAGCUUCUUCGAGCAAUAGAAGGAUCUCAGGUUUUUGUUGCGGUUUUCUCAAGAUACUAUGCUUCCUCAACAUGGUGUUUGGAAGAAUUAGAAAAGAUAUGUGAAUGCGUUCAGGUGCCAGGAAAACAUGUUCUUCCUGUUUUCUAUGAUGUUGAUCCUUCUGAGGUGCGAAAGCAAAGUGGGAUUUAUCAUGAAGCUUUUGUCAAACAUGAACAAAGAUUCCAACAAGACCUUCAGAAGGUGUCAAGAUGGAGGGAAGCUCUAAAGCAAGUGGGGAGUAUCGCUGGUUGGGAUCUACGUGAUAAGCCACAAUGUGCAGAGAUUAAAAAGAUUGUUCAAAAGAUAAUGAAUAUAUUGGAAUGCAAAUCUUCAUGUAAUUCAAAAGAUUUAGUUGGGAUAAAUUCUCGUAUAGAAGCAUUAAAAAAUCAUUUACUUUUGGACUCGGUUGAUGGUGUUCGUGCUAUAGGAAUUUGGGGGAUGGGAGGAAUAGGGAAGACAACCCUUGCUUUGGAUUUAUAUGGCCAAAUCUCUCAUCGAUUUGAUGCAUCUUGUUUCAUUGAUGAUGUAAGCAAAAUUUAUAGAUUACAUGAUGGUCCACUUGAAGCACAAAAGCAAAUCAUAUUUCAAACUCUUGGCAUAGAACACCAUCAAAUAUGCAAUCGUUACAGUGCAACAUAUUUGAUACGGCAUAGACUAUGUCAUGAAAGGGCACUUCUGAUUCUUGAUAAUGUGGAUCAAGUUGAACAAUUGGAAAAAAUAGAUGUGCAUCUUGAAUGGUUAGGUGCAGGUAGUAGAAUCAUUAUCAUUUCUAGAGAUGAGCAUAUAUUGAAAAAGUAUGGAGUGGAUGUAGUUUACAAAGUUCCACUUUUGAAUUGGAGAGAUUCUUACAAGUUAUUUUGUCGAAAAGCUUUCAAAGUUGAGAACAUUAUUAUGAGUAAUUAUCAAAAUUUGGCAAAUGAGAUACUGAGAUAUGCUAAUGGUCUACCACUAGCAAUUAAAGUAAUGGGCUCAUUUUUGUUUGGUUGUAAUGUGACUGAAUGGAAGAGUGCAUUGGCUAGAUUGAGAGAGAGUCCAGAUAAAGAUGUCAUAGACGUGCUGCAAUUAAGUUUUGAUGGGCUAAAGCAUACUGAAAAGGAAAUAUUUCUUGAUAUUGCUUGUUUUUUCAACUCUGAAUGUGAGAAAUAUGUUAAAAACAUUCUUAAUUGUUGUGGAUUUCAUGCUGAUAUUGGAUUAAGAGUUCUCAUUAAUAAAUCACUUAUAAGCAUUAAUGGUCAAAACAUUGAAAUGCAUUCUUUGUUGGAAGAGCUGGGCAGAAAAAUUGUGCAAAAUAGUUCAAGCAAUGACCCAAGAAAAUGGAGCAGGUUGUGGUCUACAGAACAACUCUAUGAUGUUAUUAUGGCGAAAAUGGAAAAGCAUGUUGAAGCCAUAGUUUUGAAAUAUACUGAAGAGGUGGACGCUGAACAUUUGUCAAAAAUGAGUAAUCUUAGAUUGCUCAUCAUCGUCAACCAUACUGCAACUAUCUCAGGAUUCCCAAGUUGUCUUUCGAACAAAUUAAGAUAUGUUGAGUGGCCUAAAUAUCCUUUCAAGUAUUUGCCAACAAGUUUUCACCCCAAUGAACUAGUAGAAUUGAUUUUGGAUGGGAGCAACAUUAAAAACCUAUGGAAAAACAAGAAGUAUCUUCCCAAUUUGAGAAGAUUGGAUCUAAGUGACUCUAGAAAGCUAGAAAAGAUAAUGGAUUUUGGAGAGUUCCCAAAUCUUGAGUGGUUAAAUUUGGAAGGAUGUGAAAGACUUGUGGAAUUGGAUCCAUCAAUUGGACUUCUAAGAAAGCUUGUUUACUUGAACUUAAAAGAUUGCUAUAAUCUAGUAAGCAUACCCAACAACAUAUUCUGUCUUAGCUCUCUUGAAUAUCUAAAUAUGCGAUGUUGUUUCAAAGUGUUUACAAAUUCAAGGCAUUUGACGACGCCUGGUAUAAGUGAAAGUGUACCACGUGUCCGAUCAACGUCUGGUGUCUUUAAACACGUCAUGUUGCCUCACCAUUUGCCAUUUUUGGCUCCCCCAACAAACACAUAUUUGCAUAGCUUAUAUUGUUUGCGUGAAGUUGACAUUAGUUUUUGCCGUCUAAGCCAAGUGCCGGAUACAAUUGAAUGUUUACAUUGGGUAGAAAGAUUAAAUUUAGGGGGAAAUGAUUUUGCGACACUACCUAGCCUGAGGAAGCUUUCGAAACUUGUAUAUUUAAAUUUGCAGCAUUGCAAGUUGUUGGAAUCUUUGCCUCAACUUCCUUUUCCUACCGCUAUCGGGCGGGAACGAGUUGAGGGCGGAUAUUACCGGCCUACAGGAUUGUUCAUCUUCAACUGUCCAAAAUUGGGUGAGAGGGAAUGUUACAGUAGCAUGACAUUUUCAUGGAUGAUGCAAUUCAUUAAGGCAAACCCUUUCUAUUUGAAUAGGAUUCAUAUUGUUAGUCCAGGAAGCGAAAUACCAAGUUGGAUCAACAAUAAGAGCGUGGGUGAUUCAAUAAGAAUAGACCAAUCUCCUAUUAAGCAUGACAAUAAUAUCAUUGGUUUUGUAUGUUGUGCAGUAUUUUCCAUGGCACCUCAUCGUGGGAGGUUUCCAUCGUCGGCCCAUAUGGAACUGGUUUUGAAAUAUCCAUUUAAUAAGCGUAAGUCAGAUAAGUCUCUGAGUAGAAUAACUGUGAGUGUUCCGGUAAUUCUCAAUGGAAGUCUUGUUACGAUAACAACCAAAUCAAGUCACAUAUGGAUAAUCUACUUCCACUGUGAGUCCUAUCAUGCAUUUCGAGAAAUCCGUUUUGAAAUUUUUGAGGGGCAAGCUUUGGGUAUGGAGGUGAAGAGUUGCGGGUAUCGUUGGGUAUGUAAACAAGACCUACAAGAGUUCAACUUAACAAUGAUGAAUCACGAAAAAACCUUGGCUCAGAAGUGCAAGAUUUUGGCAAUUGAAGAUGAGACACAACCAGAACAAGAAUCAUUCAUCUCACAAGUCAUAACUACUUCACAAAGAAGAAAGUCAACAAGUGAUAACAAAUCAACUGCAACAACAAUCUCUGUUGUCAACAACAAGCAAAGAAAAAAAUCUCGAACCGCCAUAUCAGCCACAGAAGCAGAAGUAUCUGUGGAGGUACCAGAUUCACCUGUUACAGAUGAAGUUUCUACUGAAUCUCCACAGAAAAAAAUCUUGAACCUCCAUAUCAUUGGUCGAUUCAUUGGUCAGUUCCUCAACAACUGUUGCCAACAAGGUAGCACUGAUACAGACAUGGACACCGGAUACGACACGGACACUAUAAAUUCAGAUGCUAAAAGUUUGGUUUCUGAAGAAGACUUAGAUGCUGUAAAUUCAAUUAUUGAAGACCUCAACAACUGUUGCCAACAAGGUAGCACGGAUACGGACAUGGACACCGGAUACAACACAGACACUGUAAAUUCAGAUGCUGAAAGUUUGGUUUUUGAAGAGGACUUAGAUGCUGUAAAUUCAAUUAUUGAAAAGACUAUUCAGACAGAUAUUGCAACAAGCAAUGUCGAAACUGACUCACCGGUUGAAGUGGCUGAUGAAAGUCUUGAUAAUUUAGAGUUAAGGAAGAAGUUCCAACUGCAACUGAGACAGACAGCGAUGUAGUUGAGCCUGGUUCUGUUGUUACAGCAUCAGACAAUACAUAAAGUGCACCAGCUCUUCAAGAAGGAAAAGAUGUAACAGAAGAAAACAAUGAAGUUCUCUCUCCUGAAAGUCCUGCAACCAAAGAAGUGCCAGAACAAACACCAGCAGCGGCACAAGUUGAACGUGAAGAAGUUGCAAUUGCAUUUGAAACAAACAAUGGCGUAUCUAACUCUAAUGGACAAACCAGCAUUACAGCUUCAGAUGAAGGCUUGACCAAAGGUUGCAAUUUCAUCUUAUUUGCUUCAAAUUUCAAUUCUCAAAGAUGUAUAAACAAGGAUGUAUUUGAACUUAUAUACUGAUAUAAGCACUUGUGAGACUGUUUGGAAGAGUUUAUGGAAACAGCUCAUGUUGCUUCAUUAUCGAGUUAUCUUAAUGUCAAGUUGGUUGUUUUGUUUAAAAACAUCAACAAUGUAGGAUCAGACUUCACUUUUUAUGUAUGUUACAAAAAGUCUACCUCACCAUUCUAAAAGGUACAUUAAAUCUUCAGUUCAUCAAGGUUACAUCAUAGCGACUGUUACAAUAUCUAAUCCAUCAAAAUUAAUACAAUAGUUUUUUGUUUUUAUCUAAAA